AUGCCUCCCCGAACCUUUUCGUUGGACCUGAGCCGCAGCAGCUACGUCUGCAAGUCUUGCCUCACAAAUCUGCGCAUCUCAAAUCAGCCAAAGUGGCUGGCAAGACACGGCUCAAGCGUCGCCCAGAAGGCGCAACAACCCCAAUAUCCUACCGGACAGAAAAGGCCCAAGCCGAAGGCUACAACUGAGACCAUCUCGCUCGAAGACCUCCAGAAAGCCUUCACACAGCUGAAGACAGAAGCCCGGGAGCAGGAGCAGGCGCAGGCGCCGCCCAUCAAGACCGACGACGAUAUAUCCCCAAUCGCGAGGCCAACUCAACCACUCUCUGUGCGCUAUUACAACGAGAUACAGCCAGGCACUUACAAGCGCAUGCCCGACAAGGAUGGCUUUACCACCUCGGCCAAGCUCGACACCAAGAUCGAGGCAGCCAUCAACGAGCUCGAGCAGCAAAUGGCGAGCACGGUCGAGAUGCUCCAGCAGAUGGAGGAAGGUGGAAUGCAGGAUAAAGCCGACGACCUGAGGAAACAAUUUAAAAAAACGCUCCGCGACCAGUACAAGGGCAAGACCGGCCCCGAGGCCGAAGAGCAUCGGUGGCUCCGUAUACUUGGCUUCAGCGGGGCCCGCCAUCGAGCCGUAGCCAACCUGAACCGGUUCCUGGCCCGCGAAAACGUUGUCAAGGGCGGCGUUCCCAAGCCGAAGGAUCUGUUGGAGUGCUGGAAGUCCUACUCGGCCGCCCGCAAGUCUCUCUCGACAGCCUGGGAGAAUGUGCCUCGCGGUGUUUGGGAUUUCCUGUGGACGACCCUGUCGUGGGAGGAAGGAGUCGACAACCCCAACCGGAUGUCGCACAUCUACGUCCUGGCUAAGGACAUGAGUGCUGCCGGCGUGGUGUUGAGGGAUUCCCAGCAGCUGCUGGCCAUCGAGGCCAUGUUUAUCGAGGGGUGGCAGGCUGAGGCCAUCGAGGCCUGGAAGAAGGCUGUUACCCUGGGAUCGAAGCCCGAAACCUUCAAGGAGUACUGGGAGCUAGGCGUCCGCAUGUGCUGCAUCUAUGGAGACACGGAACGCGCCCAGAGAGCCGCCGAUAUGCUCCUGAACUCGGCACAUGACAUGGACCCCAGGAUCAUCAUCCCCAUCGUCCGCGCUUUGGCGGCCAAGGAACCGACGCGUGAGCAGGCGUGGACCUUGUUCCGGGAUAUGCGGGAUCUCCUCGGAACGAGCAUGACGGUCGAGGACUACGACAUUGUGAUUGGCUCGUUUCUGGCGUGCAACUGUGUCGAAUUUGCCUUGCAGGCCUUUGUCGACAUGAUGUUCGCCGGCGCUAUUGAUGUCCGUGGCAAGACCAGGCUUCCCACGGCAGUUGGCAAUCAUUUCUUCCUUGGGAAGUGGUUGAAACGGCUCAUAGGGGCCGGUCAACUGGAUGAGGCUUAUCAGGUGGCAGUAUUCCUCCAAACAAAGGGGGUGGUCGCCUCGCCCAUUCAACUCAACGGUCUAAUUGGGGCUUGGAUAAGGUCAGGGUCUGCCGAAGACCUAGACAAGGCGGAAAGACUAGCUUGGGACAUGAUUCACACACGCCUGGAAUAUGUUUACCUGCGUCACCGGGCGGCAUCGAUGGACCAGCCCACCCGGUUCUAUGCCCCAUACGUUCCGCCCACGAUUGGUGGAGAUGGCAGCGGGUUCAAGUGCAAAGCGAGAGCCACUGCCGAGACCAUAUCUCUACUAGCUGAGAACUACUGCUCCCGGGGGCUUCACGAUCGCCUGAAGGAGCUGUGGGAGGGUUCCCAGCGCGCCGAGAUCACGACAACUGCCUUCUUCAUGAACCAGCUGAUCCGGUCGCACAGCCACAACAUGAAAGCGGACGAUGCUGUAGCGUUGUACCGAUCCAUGACUAAGGAACAGAACAUCAGACCGGAUGGACACACAUUCCUCACCCUGUUCAGCACCCUCUCUGUCAAUCGACUUAUCCAACGUGACGAAGUUCUCUCGGCCAGGGACGUGGUCAGCGGAAGGCAGUUCUUUAGCGACAUGGUUGAGGCAGACUGGGUGUUUGAUUCGCCCGAGCUCUUUGGCAUCCUGCCGAGGACGAUCCUGUUCUCGAUGCUCAAAGCACACGACUAUACCGGCAUGCUUGUUGCGGCGCGAGCGAUGAAGGAGAUAUUUGCCUACACGCCGCCGGAACCGCUUCUCAUCGAGCUGGCCACGGGCUCGACGAUGUUGAAGGCGCCGACGAAGCGGAACUUGGAGCGCCUCAUGAGCGGCACUAUGACCGUCGAGGGACUGAUGAAGCACCACAGAGCGGCAGUAGCACCCGGCCAGCGGCUCGACCCGGACAACAUGACUGUGGACCAGAGGGCUGCCGAGCUGCAUGCCGUGCUCGAGCAGCUCAUCCUGCUCAAGGCCGGCUUGCAGGACGUGGACCCGAACGCCAACCUCCGGCCGGCGCUCGAGGCUGCGGCGCGCGACAUGGGCGUGUACGAUAUCGUGAUUGCCCCGGACCCGAAGAAGAUUUCCAAGCACAGGAAGCUGGACAAGAAGGCUCUUCAAGAGAUGUAG